GGCCUCCUUGAAUCACAGCUGGGUGGGGAAGGGAACUCAUCAGGCUCAGACCUGAAAGGUGCAGCACACAGAGUUGAGAAUAAAACACAAAAGAGAGACUUAAUUAAAGAAAGCAGCAAUGGACCUGAUCCCAAACUUUUCCAUGGAAACCUGGAUGCUCCUGGUUACCAGCCUGGUGCUCCUCUACCUGUAUGGAACCCAUUCACAUGGGAUUUUUAAAAAGUUGGGAAUUCCUGGGCCCAAGCCUCUGCCUUUCUUGGGUUCAAUUUUUGCUUACCACCAGAAGGGCUUCUGGGAAUUUGACAAACAAUGUCAUAAAAAAUAUGGGAAAAUGUGGGGGUUUUUUGAGGGCCGACAGCCUAUGCUGGCUAUCAUGGAUCCAGACAUGAUCAAAACAGUGCUGGUGAAGGAAUGUUAUUCUACCUUCACAAAUCGUCGGGUAGGUGCCUAUUUAAAACAUCUUAGUUUCUAUUUAUUUAUAUAUUAGGGUCUUUU